AUGGGGGUCCGCCACAUCCCCAGGCGGCGGUCCCGCGGCUCUUACAAUGACGAAGUCUUUCGGGCUGUCCAAGCUGAUGGCUCGGGAACGACUUACCCAGGGCAAAGUGUGCGCCUGCUGCAGAGGCGGGAACUCGGCCGGCCCGGGGAGCUCCUCAGCGCGGCCAUGCAGCGCCUGCAGCAGGUCUUCGACAUCCCCGAGCUGCCCCGCGACGUCCUGCCCCGCAGAAAGCCGCCCCAGUUCAUGGUGGACCUCUUCAACAAGGUGGCGGACUCCGACGGCAUCACCAAGGCCGCCGAGCUGCUGGAGGGCAACGUGGUGCGGAGCUUUGAAGACCGAGUUUAUUCUGAUGAGUCUUAUUUCUAUUUCAACAUCUCAUCCGUUGGGAAGAAUGAGCAAAUGCUAAAAGCUGAGCUCAGAGUUUUCAAACUGAAGAAAACACACAUGGCUGGAAAAUCUCUGUUUCAACAUUUUUGCAAAGUGGAAGUAUAUGAGAUCUUGGAGAGUGGAAGUAAGCCCCAGAGAAGAAAUCUCAUUUCAUCAAGAUUAUUGUCUUUGUACACAGAAGGCUGGGAGGUGUUCAAUGUCACAGAGACAGUUUCCAAAUGGGUUAGGAACAGCCACUACAACCAUGGCUUUUUGAUCACUGCAACUCGCCUAUCUGAAAAGAAAAUGGAAUACAACUUCGUGAAGUUUGCCAGAAGCCAGCACAAUGUGCAAGACAGCAGGAAUGCUCUUCUAGUCCUCUUCACUAAUAAUGACGGACCAAGGUCUUCCAGCUUUUCACCCUUUUCCUCAGGGGAGAGUCUAAAUGCUACCAAUCAUGCUACUGUCCAGUCCAUUGUGCAUACACUUAAAUUGUCCCAAGAUGUCAGCAUGCCAUGCUGUGUCCCAACUGAGCUGAAGUCCAUCAAUCUCCUGUACUUUGAUGACAAGGAGAAUGUUGUCCUGAAACGUUAUAAAGAUAUGGUGGCUGCAAGCUGUGGUUGUCACUAA